AGCACCUCAACUUCCACUUGCAUAAUACCAACUACCAAACCAAAACACCAAUUUCCCCUCAAAACUACAAGUCCCAACCUCAUUUUCCUUCAAACCAAACACACCCUUUUACCAUCAUGGCCCCUAACAUCACCACUACCAAAGCUGCCACUGUCACUGCCAAGGCUCCCAAGAGGGCUUAUGUUACGUUCUUGGCUGGGAACGGAGACUACGUCAAGGGCGUGGUGGGUUUAGCCAAGGGACUGAGGAAGGUGAACAGCAAGUACCCACUUGUCGUGGCGCUUUUGCCCGACGUCCCAGAAGAACACAGGAAGAUUCUGGUGGACCAGGGCUGCAUAAUCCGGGAGAUCGAGCCUGUGUACCCACCUGAGAACCAGACCCAGUUUGCCAUGGCCUACUAUGUCAUCAACUAUUCCAAGCUGCGUAUCUGGGAGUUUGUGGAGUAUUCCAAGAUGAUAUACUUGGACGGAGACAUCCAAGUAUUCGAUAACAUAGACCACUUGUUUGACAUGGAAGAUGGUUACUUUUAUGCUGUGAUGGACUGCUUCUGUGAGAAAACAUGGAGCCACCCUCAGUACAAGAUCGGCUACUGCCAGCAGUGCCCUGAUAGGGUCCAAUGGCCUUCGCAGCUUGGUCCUAAACCUCCUCUUUACUUCAACGCUGGAAUGUUUGUAUAUGAACCUAGCCUUUCUACAUAUGAGGACCUCUUGACUACCCUCAAAGUCACCCCUCCUACCCCAUUUGCGGAGCAGGAUUAUCUGAACAUGUACUUUAGGGACAUUUACAGGCCCAUCCCUCCCAUUUACAACCUGGUGAUGGCCAUGCUAUGGCGCCACCCUGAGAACAUUGAGCUAGACAAGGCCAAGGUGGUUCACUACUGUGCUGCUGGCUCCAAACCCUGGAGGUAUACCGGCAAAGAAGACAACAUGGACAGGGAAGACAUUAAGACGCUGGUGGCUAAAUGGUGGGAGAUUUACGAUGAUGAGUCGCUUGACUACAACAAUGUCGUGGCUUCUGGCCAAGCAGCAGAAGCUGAUGAGGAUAAGCAAAGCGGCCUGCAACUGCUUUUGGCAGCUUUGUCAAAGGCCGGCGGCUUUGUUCACCGUAUUAACGCCCCUUCCGCUGCUUAAUUUGGUGACGAUACAGAUUAGUAAUACAAUACAAUCCACCUAAGCUAAAGCAGUGUAGGAAUGAAUGUAAAUGUGUUCAAUUUUUUUCUUGUUUGUAGUAUGUAUUUGAUCUGUCCUUCCAUUUUGAAAUGGACAGAUGUUUUAUCAUCAGGAACAUAAGGACUGUUAUAUGUUGUCCUUGUGUCUGGUUUGAUUAGUUUUUUUUGUUUUUUUUUUACAUAAAAAUGAAUAUUGGUAUACCAUUUAUGGGAUAAUA